AUCCUCCUUGCUGUAUAGUGUAUAGUGUAUACUACUCUAGUAGUUUACAGACCGCUCGAGCCUUAAUGCAAGAAAUCGAGCAGUCAGCUGAAACUAAAUUUCAGGCAAUUCAAGUCUUAAUACUUGGAUUUUAGAGUGAAACCUAAUGAUAAAUUAUCUGGUAUACGUUAUUUUGGUUAUAAACCUUCCAAGGCCGUUACAACAGACAUAGUUUGAUAGAGGCUAGACAAAUCUGAUCAGCUGUUUUUCCACUCUGUUCCUCUCUAGACUCUAAUACUCACAAGUUUGGUAAUGAAUCAUGUUUGUGAUCAUCAUAUAUCUUUUCCUGCUCGGAUUCCUCCUGCUGUUCAUGUGUAACUGCUGAUACUGAUCCUCCUGUUCAUGCGUAACUGCUGAUACUGAUCCUCCUGUUCAUGCGUAACUGCUGAUACUGAUGCUCCUGUUCUGCAUGCUGCAUUCUUUAUGCUGGUUCCUGUUCAUGUGGCACAAUUGAUACAAACUCCUGUUCCUAUGUAACUACUGCUUAGGACAUUUUUUCUAGAACAAUCGCUGUGUUCUCUUUCAAGGAAAAAAAAUAGGCAUCACAAUGGAAUUUAGAGGAUCUCUGCGUCUAAUUUCAACCUUGAGGUUUCCUUCCUUAAAUAGUUGCUUGCUACCUAUUACAAGGACAUUACAGACCGGAAAUCCUCCCACCGGAUCCACUCUUCACACACAGACCAAGUUUCAAGCAGACAGUAACAUCAGCUCUUCAAAUAUAUUAAACAGAUUUGAAAGUUUGCCAGUGUUCCAUGGACUAGAACAGUUCAGAAAGAAGGUUGCAAUCUCCACCAAGGGUUCCGAAUAUUUGUAUGAAGAUUUGUAUAUGCGAAGUUGGGACUUAGCCAAGGGUCUGUUAGGUAUCUUGGGGGAUGACUGGACUAACAAUAAGAUUUGUGUAAUGAGUGACACCGGAUUAAGCCACGUGAUCAUCACGUGGGCCUGCUGGAUGACAGGGAACGUGGUUAUUCCACUUCCGGUGAAUGUCUCCAACGAGCGGCUUGAAUUUCUUAUUCGUGACAGUGGAGCUAAAAUAGUUCUGACAAGCCAGCUCCAGGUUGAUGCAUUAAACACGAUAACAAAAUCAGUUGGAUUGAAGCUGAUAGCACUAGAUGACAGCUGGUGGCAGAAUCCUGAAUCCAUCGAAUCAUCAGACGCUAGAUUACCAGACUACUUUGUAGACAGUUCAACUCUCAAGGCAAGUAAUGCUAUGAUAUUGUACACAGCUGGUCGAAUAGGGAACCCUAGGGGUAUUAUUUUCUCUCAUUCAAGCCUUUCCAGUCAGGUAAACUUCUCUGGGAAUUUUGACUUUUUUACUUUUGAUUAUUUUGCAGGGUCUAAUUCAACUACAACUUUCCCACACUUGAAACUAGGGUUUCCAAUGCGCCAUUGCACAAUAAUAGCGCAAAACCUGCUUUUUAGCUGGCAAACUUAUCUGUAA